AUGGCUGUUUUCUUCGUUUCCGGAUCCAAGAAUUAUUACGAACUUGCAGAAAGAAAUUUGGCAUUCGUGGACACUGAUUUGAGACCCUACGAAAAGGAGGACGAGAUCAUGGUGGCAGUUCCCCGGGAGGCAAUGUUGACUAUUGACUGCAUCCCUCCGUCUUUUGUCAACAAAUUCUUAAAUGGCAUCUCGGUCCAUGGGCUCAUUGCUGCAUUCCUCACGCAUGGUGACCCUGAGCUCCUGAAGAAGUAUGACCUUUGGCGAGCUGUAUGGCCUAGUCGUCAAGACUUUGAGGAGGGAAUGCCCAUCCUAUGGCCAGAGAGACUCCGAGUGUCAAAUUCCAAGUUCCAGAGCAAUUCAUCAAACCCGAUAGCUUUGCCCCCUUCAGCUUCAGGGCUGUGGAAUUCCAUCCGGAAGAAGCCCGUCGAGCACGAGUAUGAAACCAAGCACCAGAAUCUCCUCGCGCAACAAGAGAAGAGACUGCAGGAUGCCUGGAGAAGCGUUACUGCUGUCUUUCCGGAUACCGACUGGGAGACAUACUCGUAUUACUGGCUGAUUGUGAACACGAGAAGUUUCUACUACCUCAUGCCAGGAGAAGAACCGCCGGAAGACUCAAAUGAUGCAAUGGCAUUGGUGCCGUUUGCAGACUACUUCAACCAUACGGAUGAUGCAGUCAGUAAUGACUCUUAA